AUGGCUGAGUUCAACGCCAACCUGGCCUACAUGAGCACCCACGCCCUGCUGGAUGUCCGGCUGGACAGUGUCCGUGUCCUGCACAGGAUGGACAUCUUCCCCAUCAUCGUCCAUGUUUCUGUCAAUGAGAAGACAGCAAAGAGACUCAGGAAGGGCCUGCAGCGGCUUGGCACCUCGGAGGAGCAGCUCCUGGAGGCGGCACGGCAGGAGGAGGGGGAAUUGGACAGAGUGCCCUGUCUGUACAGCAGCCUGGCCUCUGACAACUGGAGUGACCUGGACAGCCUGCUCAGCUGUGUGCGCCUGGCCAUUGCAGAUGAGCAGAAGAAAGUGGUGUGGACGGAGCAGAGCCCCUGCUGAAGCCCCAACCUGGCUUAGGACUGUGGUGACCUCCAUGUGUCUGUCUGCAAACAACCCCACUUCCUUCUCUGGUCAGGGUCCGAACUCACGAUGUGCUCACAGCAGCCAGAGUGUAAAUGAUGACGCCACCUUCACACAGCAUGGCCUGGGCUGCUGGAAGACUGGAGAACAUUCUGCCAUGUGGAGGUCCUUCCUAAGACGGGCUCAGUGCGAGUGCCCCAACCUCCUGGGAUAACGGGAAUAGCUUCGAGGGGACUGUCCCCUCCUUUUACAUUUUCGAUGCCAAAGGAAUCUUGCAAGCCCACUGGAACAGCCAUCCCUGCCCAGGGCAGGGGCACAGACUCCGGGCACUGAGGGCAUGGCUAACUCAGCACAGCUAACAGCCAGUGCUGCCAGACACCUGCAGACAAGGUUGCCAUGGCACCCAGACUUGAGUUGCUCUUAGACUCAUGGCCUCACGCCCAGCCCCAAACACCAGGUUGCUCUGGUAGAUGUCCUGGACAGAGCCAGUGGACUCUUCCCGAGAGAACUUCCUCUCAAACUGACAUUACUCUCUGGUCCUUCCCGGAGUGCAUCACACCCCGCUCGGGUGAUGCCAUCACCUAGCCAUAAAUGAAUCAUUUUGACAGGGUAUUUGAGUCUCAGUGCCUAAGAUCUCGUCUGCUACUAUCAAGUUCUGUGUACUAUUACACUAUUGUAAAAAGCGUUACCGAUGCUAGAACCCCUGGCUCUCUCUGCCUCCCAGGAUGGAGUUGAUAGGGACAAUGGGGACAGACUCUCUCCUAUGGGGCGUUUACCCACCAC